UUUAGUGUUUACAAAAACUUCAUAAAAACAUCAGUGUUCAUGGUUCAAAAUAAUGUGUACUAAAUGUGAAAAUUGUGAAUUACUUCUUCAGAUCGAGGAAGAAAGAAUUCAAUGGUGCAAAGACCUGACUUCCAAAAACAUACGAUUACACAAAAAAAUCAUUGAACAACAGGAAUUAAUUGGACUAUUAAAGAACCGAUUAUUAGAAAAACAAAGAAAUUUUUUAUCAGAUUAUGUGAAAAGUGUCAUGCAACAAGUAAACUAUUUGCAAGAGAGAACGAGUCUACAAAACGACUAUCUUUUAGAAGAAAAUCUUAAAGAAAAACUAGAUGAAGUAACAGAGGUUUUAAAUCUAUACAACAAUGAAAGAGAAACGCUCCAGAAAGAGAUAGAAGAUGGCGAGAAAUAUUUUUCUGAAAAUAUAACCUAUUUGCACGGCUUAGUUGAUUAUUUUCGUGAAUCUUUGUUUUAUGAGUUGGAUAAAUCCAACAAACUCAAGCUAUAUUUUACAAAGAAAAUGACAGAGCUAACUACCACUAGCCACCACGUUGUUCUUCACACGUUAAAAGAACAAGGAGAAAUUCUGAAUAAUGAACUGAAAUCUAGAUAUCAAAAAACCAUUCAGAAAAGUAAAGAAGAAACUGAAAGACAAAGUCAGUUGGUUUCAAAAUUAAGAAAACACAAUAAACAACUGUACUUACAGAUUCACAAGACAAAAAUAGAUAGUGAGCAGAAAGUGGCAAAACUUGAGAGAAGUCUUCAAGAUUUGAAAGCAACAAUAACAAAACUGAAAGAAAAAAACGAUUAUUUGCACACGCAGAUUAAAUUAGAAGUAGAAGGCUGCCAAAACGAUAUUUCUGACACUAGGAAAACAUUAAAAAAACUAAUAAAAUCCAAGUCUUAGUAUAUUGUAUAAUCUUGCAUAUCCACAAAUUACACUACAUUUGUACUUAAUAAAUAAAUUAUUUUCAUAUAAAAUAACGUUAAAAAAU